UUGGUUACAGUGUUCCUUAUUCUUAUUUCAGAUAAGAUUUAUAAACAAAACCCAUUUAUAUUAUUAUUACAUCUUUCAUUUGUAAUUUUGUGUUUAUAUGUUUAGCAAAUUAAAUAUUUAUAGCAAGCAGCUGAGUACGUUUCUUGGUUAAUUCACAAGUUGCCCAUUUAUUAUUAUUUUCUUUGUAGCUUUUUUGUAAUGCUAUUGUAGUAUGCAAGUCGAUUUCAGAGCUCUGCAGGAGAAUGCGUCAUCGAUUUUUGAAAGCGGUAUGUGAAAGACAUUUUAAAGAUGGUGAAGUGCUUUACAGAACUUUUUUCUACAAAAGUACUGGGGAAACAUUAUCUGCUCCUCUGAAGAAGCCCAGGCUGAAAGAAAAUGCUGUGCCAAGUAUUUUUCCUCGCUGCCCAACAUAUUUGUUAUCAACAUCCUCAAUUCGAGAGAGUCCUUCAAAAAAGAGGCAACGAUUAGAACAAGUCCAAAUUGAACGUUUCAUAAUUAAAAGCUUAAAUUCCAAACAGAACUAUGACAGCAAGACUGCAUUUACUAAUUUUAAUGAAUUAGAAAAAUGUAUUUAAGACCAUACCUUUUCUUCCUUUUGGACUAUUAUUGAAAAGAAUGAAAAUAUGUUACUCAUCCACCUAUCUGUUAAUGAUGGCAUUCCUACCAUAACAUAUGCUGUAAGUAUUUACAAUUAUCUAUUUUUAAAUACAUCAUUUAUGGGAGAAAGGAUUUUGAAACACGAGCAAUUCCCAUUACCAAUUAAAGUUAAUAAUAUAAAUCAAAUAUUUGAUAUUCACUGAAUGUCAAAAUUAAUAUUAUUG